ACCAGGCUCUGAGCCCCAUGAGCAUCUCCACUGUCGGCCCCGGCAAGGAGGGCCAUCUGGAACAGGAGCAGCAGGGACGCGUGGCCCUGCGCGAGCGGUACCUGCACAGUCUCUUGGCCAUGGUUGGCCACCUCGUCCACUUCACCCUGUAUGAGAGAGUCAAUGUCUCAGCCCUUUUCGACGCCUCGGACAUCGACAUCUUGAAUUUCCAGGUGUCUGACCUGCAGACCCCACUGGGGGUACACAGGGAGGCUCUGCUCCGCUGCUCAGACAUCAUCGCCUACACCUUCGAGUUGUGACGGCUCUCAGGCUCCCUGCCCUCCCUCUGUCCUGCUGUCUAAUAAAAACACUUGGGUACA